UAUUAGUCAUCAAAACGUUGUGAGCAUGCAUAGUAAUCCUAGACCUUCCUGCAUGAUUAGACGAAACACCCGUUAAGUUACAUGGCGCACACCCGACGUUUUAAUUUCGCUUGCAAUGUUUUAGCAAACUGUCGCGCUGAUCUAUGGCAGCAUCCGAAUGACGUCAUCCAGGGCGACGGCUUCUGAAGCGCCGCUGCCGCAUCGCUUUGUGCACACGGCAUUACAGUAGAGGAAGACUGUGGUGAAUCGAGGCAGGAGUUUCAACGGGAUUAGAAAUAAGCUCGUCUCCGAGAGACAGACGAGAGAAAAGGCUGCUUUUUGCUGUAACACCGUGAUGGAUGUGAAAGAGGAGACCAUAAAUGUUAAGGAGGAGGACUGUGAAUUGAAGUGUGUCUACCCUAAACAGGAGAGCCUGGGCAUUAAGAAAGAGGAGGAGGAGGAGGAGGAGUAUGAACUGGUGUUUGUGGACAUUAAAGAAGAAGCUGAAGAGAAGUGUGUCAGCAGUUUGACUGACAUCCAGACAAGUGUCAAGGAAGAAGACCUUCAUUAUGGAUGUGAAAAUGAUGCAGUGACCGGGUCCAUCUUCUCUCAUAGCGAACACUCUUCAUCUCCGGCGCCUUCUAUCAAUGUGAAGUCUGACAUAGAGGCAACUGAAGAUGUUUCAUCUCUUAGGACUUCGGAACAUCAGCCACCACCUACAAAGAACACUAGAACAAGAGGCAAACCCCACUGCUGUUCUGAAUGUGGCAAAACAUUCUCUCUGAAGAGUAGUCUUCAGGCUCACCAAAGAAUUCACACAGGAGAGAAGCCAUAUUGUUGUAUUGAAUGUGGCAAGCAUUUCUAUUAUAAGGCUAGUCUUCAGAGUCAUCAAAGAAUUCACACAGGAGAGAAACUGUUUUGCUGUUCUGAUUGUGACAAACAGUUUACACACAGAUGGCAUCUUCAGGUUCACCAAAGAAUUCACACAGGAGAGAAACCCUAUUGUUGUUCUGAAUGUGGCAAACAUUUCUGUGACAACAGUACUCUUCUGAAACAUCAAAGAAUUCACACAGGAGAGAAACCCUAUUGUUGUUCUGAAUGUGGCAAACAAUUCUAUUACAAGAGUAGUAUUCACAACCAUAAAAGAAUUCACACAGGAGAGAAGCCAUAUUGCUGUUCUGAAUGUGGCAAAACAUUCUCUCUGAAGAGUAAUCUUCAUAAACACAAAAGAAUUCACACCAAAGAAAAGCCAUAUUUUUGUUCUGAAUGUGGCAAACAAUUCUAUGACAAGAGUAGUCUUCAGUACCACCAAAUAAUUCACUCAAGAGUGAAGCCAUAUUGCUGUUCUGAUUGUGACAAACAAUUCUAUCUCAAGAGUGGUCUUCAGAAACACCAACGAAUUCACACAGGAGAGAAGCCAUAUUGUUGUUCUGAAUGUGGCAAACAAUUCUAUGAGAAGAGUAAUCUUCACAAUCACAAAAGGAUUCACACAGGAGAGAAGCCAUAUUGUUGUUCUGAAUGUGGCAAAGCCUUCUCUCAGAAGAAUAGUCUUCAGAAACACCAGAAAAUUCACACAGGAGAGAAACCAUAUUGUUCUGAAUGUGGCAAACAUUUCUGUGACAACAGUAGUCUUCAGAAACACCAAAUAAUUCACACAGGAGAGAAACCCUAUUGUUGUUCUGAAUGUGGCAAACAAUUCUAUCGCAAGAGUAGUCUUCGAAAUCACCAAAAAAUUCACACAGGAGAGAAACCCUAUUGUUGUUCUGAAUGUGGCAAACAUUUUUGUGACAUUAAUAGUCUUCAGAAACACCAACGAAUUCACACAGGAGAGAAACCCUAUUGUUGUUCUGAAUGUGGCAAACAAUUCUAUCACAAGAGUAGUAUUCACAACCACAAAAGAAUUCACACAGGAGAGAAGCCAUAUUGCUGUUCUGAAUGUGGCAAAACAUUCUCUCAGAAGAAUAGUCUUCAGAAACACCAAAAAAAUCACAACGGAGAGAAACCGUAUUGUUCUGAAUGUGACAAACAUUUCUGUGACAUCAGUAGUCUUCAGAAACAUCAAAGAAUUCACACAGGAGAGGAGCCCUAUUGUUGUUCUGAAUGUGGCAAACAAUUAUAUCGCAAGAGUAGCCUUCAAAAUCACCAACGAAUUCACACAGGAGAGAAACCCUAUUGUUGUUCUGAAUGUGGCAAACAAUUCUAUCACAAGAGUAGUCUUCGAAAUCACCAAAUAAUUCACACAGGAGAGAAACCCCAUUGUUGUUCUGAAUGUGGCAAACAAUUCUAUCGCAAGAGUAGUCUUCGAAAUCACCAAAGAAUUCACGUGGUAGAGAAGAAAACCCAAGAAAGUUCUACAGAAUGCUAAUUGGGGAAGAUGCACUGAAAGUAAAAAGAACUCCAGAAAUAAAAAAAAAAAUGAAAGUGAAGAGUUUUGGAGAAAAAAUUAUAAAGAUGAUCAAGAAUGCCACAACCAAGCAAAAUGGAUCAACAAACUACAGAUGGAAACAAAACUCAUCCAACCAAAAGAAAUGUCAUGGAAUGAAGUAAAAGAAGAAGCCAUAAGAAAGAAAAUAAAAACUGCUGCUAGCUAGAAGACAUCUGGUUCAGAUGCUGUACCACAUUUUUUGGAUAAAGCAUUUAACCUUUCUUGGUCUACGAUAUGGCUGACAGCAGAGGUUCAAUAAUACAGGAACCAGAGGCAACAGCAGAGUAUCUUAAAACAGGGACAAUUUCCCUACUGAAAUAUGACCAAACAAAUAUUAAAAAAAAAAAAAAAAUGCUGCCCAAUAAUCCUUCUUUCAACCAUCUAAUAACUAUCACAGCCAUAGAUACAGAGUGAAUUUACACAAACCCAGACCAUAACAUCUUAAUGGCAGUAGUAGAAAAUUUGAAUAAAAGAUAGGUAUUUGGCACUAAAGACCAGCUACUAAUGAACAAAGCCAUCAUGUAAUGUUGAAAAAAAUUUCAGAAACCCAAGUGUGGCAUGAGCAGUUAUUAGUCACGGGCAAUAGUUAGUCACUUGGAACACACCAGUACUGAGUGGGAGAAAAAUAGGUGCCAGAUCUAGUAAUUAAAAACAAAAAAAAAAAUAGUUUAAGAAAGUUUAGAAAAUAGAAUUAUCAGUUCCCGGAGACUACUCAGUUCUAAAAACGGACAGGCAAACAAUUAAAAAGUAUCAAGAAAUUCAAUCGGAGGUGUUCCAAAUGUGGGAUGAAAAGAAAAAUAGUGUCUGUUGUUCUUGGAUCAACAGGAAUAAUAAAGAGAAACUUUCAAGCCUAUCCUGAUGAAAGAGUGAGGGUCACUCCUACUUUGCUAGUAAGGACAUCAAGAAAGUUUUAGAGAAACCAACAACAAAAGAAGCCAGAUUACUACUGUGAAUGUAGCAAGCAAAUCUCUGACAGGAGUGGUCUUCAGAGCCACAAAAGAAUUCAUACAGCAGAGAAAAA